UGGAGAUCAGGACUGAUGGCUGUCUGAACUUCAAAUGCCCGAGGACGGAAUCUUUGGCGCAUGCCCUUGAGGCCGCGAGCAGAGCUCUGCUGGAUAAGGACCGGAUCUGUCUCUUUGUGGCUCCAAGGAUGAGAAGAACCAAGUUUUAACCACCAACAUUUGGCUGCAAAUGUCUUGGACAGAUCACUAUUUGCAGUGGAACAUGUCCGAGUACCCGGGAGUGAAGAAUGUUCGUUUCCCAGAUGGCCAGAUUUGGAAACCAGACAUUCUCCUCUAUAACAGUGCUGAUGAACGGUUUGAUGCCACAUUCCACACUAAUGUCUUGGUGAAUGCAUCUGGGCAUUGCCAGUAUCUUCCUCCAGGCAUAUUCAAGAGCUCCUGCUACAUUGAUGUGCGCUGGUUCCCUUUUGAUGUGCAGCAGUGCAAGCUGAAGUUUGGGUCCUGGUCCUAUGGAGGGUGGUCCCUGGACCUGCAGAUGCAGGAGGCAGAUAUCAGCAGCUAUAUCCCCAAUGGAGAAUGGGAUCUCAUGGGAAUCCCUGGCAAGAGGAAUGAGAAGUUCUAUGAGUGCUGCAAAGAGCCAUACCCAGAUGUCACCUACACAGUAACCAUGCGCCGCAGGACGCUCUACUAUGGUCUCAACCUGCUCAUCCCCUGUGUGCUCAUCUCGGCCCUGGCUCUGCUGGUAUUCUUGCUCCCUGCAGACUCUGGGGAGAAAAUCUCCCUUGGAAUAACUGUCUUGCUUUCCCUGACGGUCUUCAUGCUGCUUGUGGCUGAGAUCAUGCCUGCAACAUCUGAUUCUGUGCCCUUGAUAGCACAGUACUUCGCCAGCACCAUGAUCAUCGUGGGCCUGUCUGUGGUGGUGACAGUGAUCGUGCUGAGAUAUCACCAUCAUGACCCUGAUGGCGGCAAAAUGCCCAAGUGGACCAGGAUCAUUCUUCUGAACUGGUGUGCCUGGUUCCUGCGCAUGAAGAGGCCCGGGGAGGACAAGGUGCGGCCAGCCUGUCAGCACAAGGCUCGACGCUGCAGCCUGGCCAGUGUGGAGCUGAGCGCAGGUGCCGGGCCACCCACCAGCAAUGGCAACCUGCUCUACAUCGGCUUCCGAGGCCUGGAGGGCAUGCACUGUGCCCCAACUCCGGACUCUGGGGUGGUGUGUGGUCGUUUGGCCUGCUCCCCAACACACGAUGAGCAUCUCCUGCAUGGUGCACACCCUUCUGAUGGGGACCCCGACCUGGCCAAGAUCCUGGAGGAGGUCCGCUACAUCGCCAACCGCUUCCGCUGCCAGGAUGAGAGUGAAGUGGUCUGCAGUGAGUGGAAGUUUGCCGCCUGCGUGGUGGACCGCUUGUGCCUCAUGGCCUUUUCGGUCUUUACCAUCAUCUGCACCAUUGGCAUCCUUAUGUCAGCCCCAAACUUUGUGGAGGCUGUGUCCAAAGACUUCGCGUAAUAUCACCACAUAGGAAAUGUACUGAUAGGGAAAGUAUCUGGAGGGUAAGACUUGGGGUCCUAACCCCAUAUAACAACUCUGAAGUAUCCACGUAGCUGUCAGUCUUGAGACUUAGUUUCCUGGUUACUUUAACUAAAAAGAUCCCAGCACCCUUCUGGUUUUUUCUUCUCACAAAUACCAUUGGCAUAUUCUUGUCUUCAGCAGGGGUACUAAGUGGUCAUUUGCCCCCUCUGGACAGCCCUGCAGGGUAUAUCUCAGUGGCUGUUGUUGGCCGGUAGAGACCUGUCCAGUUGGUGUUGCAUGCCUGCAUGCCCCUUGUUACGGGCUCAAAUAAGAGUUUACUGUCUGCCUGUGCCAUGCACAGACCCAGGGUGAAGCCAAUGCUGAGCAGCACUCACUGGGUCCAUUUCAACAACUUCUUUGAGAAAGGAAGGCAACAUAAAUUCAAUUCUCUGCAGGUUUUUUUUGUGUGUGUGUGAUUUAACUUACCUUUUUGUCUUUAUUAAUGACCAACUUUUUACCACAGAGAAAGUUGGCCUUCUAAAUGAUGUUUUCAGCAAGCUGGUUCCUGUACCUCUGUACUGUCCAUGAAAUUAGCACACAGAUUGUGUCAGUUCUAAACUAGGACUAGCCCUAGCCAAAAGCUUUUGGAGGCUGUGGUCCCGGUAGAUAUCAAGCUUCAUGCUGUGCCCAUGUCCUGAGGGAUUACCUGAGUCUGUUUUACUGUGCAGAAGCUGAAGGGCAAACAGAGUUCUGAGUGUUAACAAGGGAGUAGCUGAUGCUUCGCUAAACCAUUUGAUGUGUGUUUUUAAGAUAAGAGUUAUAACUGUAAUUAAUGAGGCAGUUCCACAUAAUUUACCUGGUAAUCAAGAGAGAUUUAUUUCUGGGGUAACUUAACAGCCAACAGGGGUUGGUUACAGGAUCCGGGAGAGAUGAGGUACCAUCCAGUGGAGAAACUCUGUCUUGGUCUCCCAUACAGCUUCCAGGACCACGAGGUAUCCAGAAGGGGCAAGCACAUAUGCACCUCGAGUCUUAAGGGUCUCCCUCUCAGCCACACCCCAGGGGCAGUUCACAGGCAGGUAUGGCAGUUACCUGCUGUCACUCUAGGGACAGUGUUUCAAGGUCAAAGCUGGAACAGCUACCCACCACAAAGAGUGUCUUAGUUGCUCCGCAAGUCAGACUUCACUGGUCUUGGAAGUUUGUGCAUCUGUAUAACUGCAUAUCACCAAGUGAACAUAUUCCGUGGUUUUCCCCCAUGUUGGAACUAGAGAGAAGCAGUUGAAUCCCCUCUGGGCUACUGUGUGGCAGGAGCUGGAGAGAGGUGAUGUUGCUGGUGACUCAUUUAGAUACAGAGCUCAUGGCAUCAGGAUUUGGCUUCCGGGGAACUACCCUCCCAUGGCUUCAGGUGCAAAGCUGACUCAGGGUCAGUGCAUGGAUUCACUGGAGAUAGAUGAUCGGGUGUUGUUUGUAUGUUUUUCUCUUCUGAGUUAAGGUCUAGCUGUGUAGCUCAUACUGGUCUGUUUGCAUUUCACGUCUUAUUUGUUAAUGGGGUCUGAGGAUUCUUCACUAAGAAAAACCCUGUUCAGUUAUGUUGUCCAUUUUCUUGAAGCUUAAAACUAUACCAUGUUUCUGAGGUGCCCCAAAAAUUUAAUCUUCUGACUUCAGAGAUGGAAUCAUGCGGGAAGAUUAGAUUUCUCAGAACUAGAACAACAACAACAAAACCCACUUUUUCCUAGCCACUAAUUUUACUGCAGGAAGAUGAAGGCUUGGUGGUAGCCUGUGUGUGUGUGUGUGUGUGUGUGUGUGUGUGUGUGUGUGUGUGUGUUCGCGCGCGUGCGCGUGCGUGCCUGAAGAAAGAACAUAGUAUAAAGUGACUUGGUCAAAUCUGGAGACUUCAUUGAUUUUAGCACUCACCAUCUGGAGCAGGCCAUUCCCAGCAUGCAUCUUUUACAACCAGUAUCAACAAAUCAUGCACAAUAUUUUUUUUUUGCUGGUGUUAUUUUAUUUAUUAAAGUAACUGGAAACAAAUAGGUGUGCUUUGAUACCUAAAGACCAGGCUUUGUGUCUUACUGUUAGUUAAAAAUUGAAUCCUAGUCUUUGCUUUGACUAUCUGAGUAAUUAUUGCCAUUAUAAAAAUAAUGGUAAAGCCUAGCUGUGCUCAUAGUUAGAAGAUGUAUAUGGUUCAAAAUUGUCUCCCCCUUGCUCCCAUUUCCUCUUAGGAACAGUUUUAGAGAAGAAGAAAGGAAAGAUGGGGACAAGAGAGGGAGGAGAACUUGGAGGGACGUUGUUGCUUUCCUUGAACUCAUGCUUGAAAGGUGCUUUGCAUCUAGUGUUUUGUCCUAGAGAGUUUUCCGUAAUGACAUCUAAAGGUCUACCUCAUUCCUCUUACUAGCUGCUUAGUGUUCCACUCCAUUGGUGGCUUACAAUUUGUUGGCUUAGCCUUUUACUGGUGAGCACGUAGCUACACUAUUUCCAGGUUUUAUUUUUAUACACAAGUCUGUAGUUAGCAUUUUAGUGCAUACUUUGCCAUAUUUUUUUGUGACUGUAUCUUGGUAUAAAUGCCAGUUUAGAAAUGGAACUACUGGAUGUAAGACUAUGUGCAUUUAGACUUUUGAUAAAUAUUUCUAGAUGGUCCUCUGUGAACUGGAUAGCCCCACCCAGAGGACAGUUCAGGGGCCAGACUGUCAGCUUUCUGGUGUUAAAUAUUUUCAUAUUUAGUUUUUCCCUUCCCAAUCUGACUGGUAAAAAUGAUAAGGCAACAAUAUUCUGAUUUUAGUUCAUUUUACCAUGAGCAAGGUUGAAUUUUUCAAAUAUAUUUUGGUAAUUUCAAUUUUAUAUUUCUAUCUUUUAUACAAAUUUCAGUUUUUUAAUUCUUUUAAUUUUUAUUUGGCAUUUGUUUAUGAUGCUGUUUAUUGAUUGCAUAUUUAUUGACAUAUAGAAAGUUUAAAACUCUAUGUUGCUAGUUUAUUCAUGUUUUCUUUUGUAGAACAUAAGACUGCCCUCCAGGAGGUCUUCCCCAUGUUAAGUUUACAAAUAAAUUGACUCAUAGUUUCUUUCUAAACAAUAUUUUCAUUUGUUCACCUUUAUAACUAAACCUAGUUGUUCUUCUCCAAGGGUGGUCACUGGUACACCAGGCAUAUAAUAAAGCAUUUCUGUAAUACAA